AUGGCAAGACCCAGUGAGAAGAGAGGGAUUUCCGGCGAGAUUCAGCGAGAUCCGAGGAUUCUCGACGAGAGCAAGCUAGAUACGGCGGGAGAAUGCGACGUCCGGCGAGAUCCGUCGAGAGAAAGAGUUUACGGAAAGACCCGGCGAGAAGAGAGGGAGUUCCGGCGAGUUCCGAGGGUUCCUGGUGAGAGAAAGCAAGAUACGGCGGAAGAACGCGAGAAAUUAGAAUCAGUAGAUAUUGAAGAGGACCUAAAGGUACCCGUACUAGAGCCCAAACAGUGCCCUGAGUUCCAGCCUCCAAGCUCUUCAAUUUCAUGGCGCAAUCGGACUCAGGCGUGGGGAGUCGGGGACUGCAGACCAAGGCCCGAGCUUGAACGAGACCACGAGUCCAUGACCGGCGACUCGGCGAAGGGAAUGGAUGACGAUAAUAUGGAGGUAGUAGGAAAGCCUUUGAGAAAUGAUGCAGAUGUUGUGGGAUUACUGCAUAGAUUAGAAGUGGGGAAUAAGAGUAGUGUUCACAUUUAUGUUAAACAUAAGGUUGAUGAGGCUAUAAUGGUGUGGCUGGCCAAUGUGAUGUUAGUCAGAAAAGCUACUGGAAAAUGGAGAAUGUGCGUUGAUUUCACCGACCUCAACAGAGCAUGUCCCAAAGAUAGCUUCCCCUUGCCUCGGAUCGACCUACUGGUAGACUCUACAGCCGGGCAUGAACUCCUCAUGUUCAUGGACACUUUUUCGUGGUACAAUCAAAUUCAUAUGGAUGAGAUCGACCAAGAAAAAACAUUUUUCAUCAUCGACCGAGGCCUUUAUUGCUAUAAGAUAAUGUCGUUCGGUCUAAAAAAUGUUGGGGCCACGUACCAGUGGCUGGUGAAUAAGAUGUUUCGAGAUCAGAUCAGACGGAACGUAGAAGUUUAUGUCGACGAUAUGCUUGUCAAGAGCAUCCGAGCUGCCGGUCAUAUAGCAGAUCUGAGGGAGACCUUCGAGACACUGAGGAGUCACAAGAUGAAGCUCAAUCUAGCAAAGUGCGCUUUCGCCGUCUCCUCCGGAAAGUUCUUGGGGUUCAUGGUCUCGCAAAGAGGAAUCAAGGCAAAUUCCGAGAAGGUUAAUGCGGUCCUCAGUAUGCAAUUGCCUCAGACCACAAAGCAAUUGCAGCAAUUGACCUGGAGAAUAGUAGCCUUAAACCGGUUCAUCUCCCGAUCCACAGAUAAAUGUCUCCCGUUUUUUAAGAUAUUGAAGAAAGCAUUCGAAUGGAAUAGCGAGUGCGAUGAGGCCUUUGGGAACUCGGCUUUCGUUCGUGAGGAUUCAGGAAUCCAAAAACCGGUGUAUUUCACCAGCAAAGCACUUCAUGGAGACGAGGAGAGGUACCCCCAGAUCGAAAAGUUAGCAUUCGCCUUAAUUGUCUCGGCACGAAGACUCAGGCCAUACUUUCAAGCACAUGCUAUACGGGUAUUGACCGAGUAUCCGUUGAAGAAGAUAUUGCAAAAACCAAACCUUUCUGGCAGGUUGGUAAACUGGUCGGUAGAGCUGGGGCAAUUCGACAUAGAGUUCCAUCCUCGAACUUCUAUCAAGGGUCAGGUCCUAGCUGACUUCCUCCUGGAAUUCAGUAAUACACCUGAGAGUGAAGAACUGCCCAAGAAGGAGACCUGGGUAGCAUAUGUAGACAGUUCCUCAGCAAACCGGAAGAGUGGAGUCGGUGUCACUCUUGCAAGCUCGGAUGGAGAAAGUUUUCGAUACGCAAUCAAGUUGGAUUUCGUGACCACCAACAAUGAAGUGGAGUAUGAGGCCAUGUUGGCCGGGCUUUUCAUAGCCCAGGAGAUGGGAGCAAAGAACGUAGAAAUCCGAAGCGAUUCCCAGUCUAACUUUGACAGGACCGCCAUGACAAAAAUUUCCCAGGAGGAAAAUGUCCAGGCAGACGCCCUCUCCAAAAUGGGCUCGGGUACUGGACCAGAUGUCCAAACAUCAGCCUACGAGGUGGUGAUACAAACCAAACCAUCAAUUACUCCAAAGUUACGCGUGAUGGAAACCGAAGAAAAAUCAACCGGCCCCGAGUCGACCACUGAUGUAGUUCAGUACCUCCGAGACGGAUCUUUACCCAGGGACAAGCUGCUAUCUAGCAAGGUGAAAAUGCACUCAGCCCAGCACGUGCUUAUUGGAGGAGUACUUUACCGAAGAGGAUACACCAAGCCACUUUUCAAGUGUCUCACAAACUCGGAGGUAGCGUAUGUGCUUAAGGAAAUACACGAAGGAGUCUGCGAGAAUCAUUCAGGCUCUCGGAUGCUAGCACACAAGGCGAUAAGAGCCAGAUAUUACUGGCCAACAAUGAACAAGGACUCGGUCAAGCUGGUACGACAAUGCGACAAGUGUCAAAGGUUUGCUCGGGUGAUGAAGAACCCCCCUGAAAAACUCAGUCCGAUCAGCUCGCGCUGGCCAUUUGCGAAAUGGGGGGUCAACAUAGUCGGACCCAUGCCACCGGGAAAAGGAAGUCAAAAAUUCCUUCUCGUCGCAAUAGACUAUUUUACAAAGUGGGCGGAAGCUGAGGCAUUCUCAACAAUCACCACCGUCAAUGUGAUAAAAUUUCUUUGGAGCUCGGUCAUAUGCCGAUUCGAAAUCCCACAUGCUUUUGUUACGGACAACGGAAAGCAGUUUGACUGCAGACCGUUUCGAAAAUGGUGUGCCGAACUUCGGAUUCGAAAUUAUUAUUCCAUUCCGAUUCACCCACCAGCAAAUGGGCAGGCCUACUAUACCACAACACGUACUCCCACUGGUGCUACUCCAUUCUCUUUAACAUACGGUUCCGAGGCAGUCAUCCCUGCAGAAGUCGGAUCACCGAUCUUCUGGGUGUCGCACUACAAUCCGGGACUCAAUGACGAAGGAAUCAAGCUCAAUUUGGACUUGUUACAAGAAAGAAGAAAUGAAACACAAGUCACAUGGGCAGCAUACCAGGACCGAGCGGCCCGAGCGGCCCGCUACUUCAAUAAGACAGUAAACCCAAGGAAGUUUCAACUCGGAGAUUGGGUCUUGAGGAAAGUAAACCCGAUUACUAAAGAUCCAACUGAAGGAAAACUCGGACCCCAAUGGGAAGGCCCAUACAAAGUGAUACGAUGUCACGACAAGGGGGCACAUCAUCUGAGUGAUACAACGGGCAUGGAACUACCGAGAGCGUGGAAUGCCGAGCAUUUGAAGAAGUACUUUAUGUGA